GCAUAACAAGCAAUUUUUGCAAUGGCAUAAGUUUCACUCUUUGCCAUUUCAGCUCACUCACACAAAACCCUUUAUUCCAUUGUUUUUCUCACAACACAGUAGCAGUCUCUUCAGUUUUCCUUAGCCAUAGCCAUGUCCAUUCCAAGGUUUUUACUCUCUUCAUCCAAGCAACUACGUUCCACUCGUCAAGCUCUCACUCUUCUUCCAAGGUCUGUUCCCUCUAGGACAACACAAUCUGCUAGCUACAGGAACUCUGCUGAAUCCCACUCUUCUCGCUCAUGGGGUGCUUAUGUUAUUUCAGCUGCUGUUGUUGGAUUUGCUGGGCUUGCAGCAUUUUUUCAUUACAAUGAUCUCAACUCAUUCACUUUAAAGAGUCUCAAGUUCAAGUGUUUGGGGAAAGGUCAUGCCAAUAGACCCAAAAUUAGGGGUGGUCCCUUUACACUAACUAAUACAGAAAAUCAAACAGUUACAGAACGUGAUUUUCUUGGGAAAUGGGUCCUCCUUUACUUUGGCUAUACCUCGUCCCCUGAUAUUGGACCGGCGCAACUCCUCCUUAUGAGCAUGAUCAUUGAUAUAUUAGAAUCAAAACAUAAGGUUAAGGUUCUGCCGGUAUUUGUUAGCAUUGAUCCUCAACGUGAUACUCCCUCACAAAUUCGUGCAUACCUUAAAGUAUUUGAUUCGAGAAUCAUAGGAUUAACUGGACCCGUCGCUGCUGUUAGGCAGAUGGCACAAGAAUAUCAUGUUUAUUCUGAAAAGGUAGAAGAGGAUGGUGACGAUUAUCUUGUUGACAUUUCCAAAAACUUGUUUUUCUUGAACCCAAGGAUGGAGGUAAAAGAAUGCUUCAGAGUCGAGUAGAAUGCAGUAGUUGCCAGAACUCAGAAGCCAUAUGGAAAGAGUUGAAUAAAAAUCCUUCUUGAUGCUUUGGAGUUUGGACUUUAGAGUUUAGAGUAGAAACUUGCUGUUUAAAUUCACCACUUUUCUCAUACGGAACAUUUUUAAGCUUUUGUUGAACAAUGAUCAUCCUUGUAUCUAAUGGUGAUAUUUAGUGAUCGUUUUUCAGGGUGUAGAAGGCAAGAGAUUUUGUUUUAGUGAUGUUAACAUUUUAAGAAACUACUUGCUUUCUGGAAAUCUCAAUUGGAUUGUUUUUCUUGCGCUGUAA